CUUCAAAGCUCUUUAUCAAAUUCUUUAACCAUAUUUUGUUUGAGGCUGGUUCGGUGGUUUAAAUUCUGUGGUUCCGGUGGUUCGGAAACACCUCUGAAAAAGAUUCGAAAUGCUUGAAAGUAGUGCUUCGGAUGACAGGCCUGGACUGUUAGGUCUGCCAGACAAUGUGCUGAUCCGUAUCGUGGGACAUCUCGACUUGCAAACCCAGCUGAAGUUGACGCACGUGCAUCUUCGGUUCCUGAAAGUAAUGCCCCAUGUCUGGCGGUCUCAUAAUAAAUCUGUUAAUCUCUCCCUAAUCGAAUUGCAUUUGGACGACGAGGACCUCCGCUUCUUCCUUGGAAGCACUCAAAGAACUCUUAAUUCUCUCAGGAUCAAGAUGAAAAGGAGAUCAAACUUCGAUGUCCUUACCAACUAUGUGUUCCCAAAACUCAAUGAUUUCCGCUUCUCAACGAACUCGUUCACGUUGAAUGAUUCGGAUUUAGCAAAAAUGAUUAGGAGUUUUCCUAACUUGCAAACAUUCAGUCCCCAUGGAAGUUUUACCGGUGAGGGCAUGACAGGAUUCCAGUCCCUGGAAAACAUAGUUGUGUCUCACUGCUAUAAUUUCGAAGUCAGCAGCCUGAUUCACAUACUGAAUACUAGAAACAUUAAAAGUCUUAAAUUGGGAUUGUUUCACAGAAGUCUGCUUGGGAAUAUCAGUUUGCCCUUGGAGGGGAUAAAAAACUUAGAGGUGCUGGAGUGUGACAUGGAGGAAAUGAGAAUAUUGUUCCUGCCGAAUUUGGAAAAGCUCACCCACUUGAAGCAGCUGUUUCUUUGUGGCCAAGUGUCCGGGCCUUUUGUCGGGGCAGUGUUGAGAUAUGCGAAACGUAGUAUCAAAACUGUGGAGAUAAACUUCUAUGGGGAACUUAAUGAGAUUCUCAGCCGUAAUUUUCAAACUGAAAUCCUGAAAGUGGCAAAGAUCUUCCAUGUAAAUAGAGAAAGCAGAAACGUGUUAAAUUUUGAUGAGAUCAAAGAAAUAUAUUUUAAGUACUGUUGCAUCGAUAAGAUUGGCCUUAAGCAAAUAAUAAGAAGUCUAAAGACUACUGAGAUCCUAGGCCUUAGUGAUUGCAAGUUUGGUUUUGAGGAAUUCACAUUUUUUCCACUGGAGAUUGCCAAGGGCCGUCAUAACACACUCCAUAUCUUUUUGGGUCCAAACCUCGUCUGUAAUGAAGAUGAAUACGAGCAGAUUACAAAUAUAAUAUGGAUAGUGGAGGGCGAACAUCCGUAUUUCAAGCUUCACAUGGAGCAUCCAAUUAUCAGUCAUGGCUCUGAACCAGUUUCUAUUUAUUUCGACUGACUUUAUAAUAUUGAAUAUCUUAAUUUGUAACUUGAUUCGAAUUUAAAUGGCAGUGCCAUUUUGUUAAGUUUUUGUUAUUAGAUACUACAUUAGUAUCGAGUAAAGCUGUACUUACUGAAUAAUAAACUUUAUGUUACUGCGACGGAAACCUAUAAUUAGAUUACCUGGGCUAAGAAUUGGGUGUAAAAUUGGAAGAAGUGUAACUAGCACGCUUUCACACUUUCAUGAUUUAAGAAAGCAUCCUCCUUUUCGGUUAUCCAAGGCUGACUUCAAGACACCACAACUUCCCAAUUCCACGAGAGGCAAGCUUUAUCCCCAAGACUCGAAGCCUCGCGAAGUGCGACUCCUGGACAGGAUUUUCUCCAGGCCCACAAACUGGACAGGGGGAAGAAUG